AAUGAACAUACAGAUGAAGACAAAGAUCAGGAUGGAGAGCCACAAAACUCUAUGAAGAAUUCAGAAGAGAUCACCUCAGCAGAGCAAAGUCAAAGAGACAUUGACACAUUGCUUAGGAGACUUCACCUUGACAAUUACAAAAAUCAAGAGAAGUUGACACUAGAACAUUUUCUUAGCCUAGGCCCACCUGUAAAACAGCACCAAGAGACAUCUGAGCAGGACUUAGCUCAAACCUUCCUUAAGAGGUUGAUGAUGCUAGACCACAGAGCCAGAUAUGUCCUUGUAGAACAGAACAGUGCUGAGGAGAGUCAUCCAAACAAAGUGCAAACUGCCAACAGUACAGAUGCAGAUGAAAAUGAUUUUGAUGUGUUUUUCAACACUGUUCCAAACACUGAUCAAAGUAAACAACGACAUGACAUUCAUCCAAUGGAUGUUCAGAUGGCAGUAUUUCACAGCUCAGAUAAUUUUCUCAGGCAGAACAUGGUUACCAAGUUAUCACAGUGUCAGUACGCCUUACCUCUGCUUUUGCCUGAUCCAUUCAAAAUGGAUAUUGAGUGUCCUCUGUGGACACUGAGACAAAUAAGAAAAAGCUGGAAGAGAACAGAUAACUCAAACAUUGUCACAAUGAGCAAUAUUCCUAUCUAUAAAGCUGAGACACCCAUGGUGUCAUUUUUUCGUCUUGGUUCUAACUCAUCAUCUAAAUCUCAGCUGAUGAACGCCUUAAUCAGUGACCGUCACAACACAUUCUUUCAUAGGAACUGCCCAGGCAACAGCAAGUCUCGCUACUUGAUGGAUGGUGUGGCAGAGAUUGCCUGGUACUGCCCUGCUGGAAAACCUACUGAUGCUUUCAGUGACUGUAUUGCCUUCUGCAAUCUUCAUGGUGAUGCUCUAACACAUGAAAAACAGCGUGACAUACUGAUUGAAAAAGCUUCAGUCAAUGUUGUUCUACUACCAACUGUGGAAAAAGGUGACAAAAGUUCAACAAUUAUUUCAGCUCUUCUCAAGUCUCCAACGCCUCUCAUCUGUCUCAUUGCUGAUAAUGACAGUGCUGCAAUUCAGAAGAAGCCUGGAAAAUACAUGAUGGGUCUGAAAGACAAAAGUCAGUCAGAUGUACCUGAAGAACUCAAAAAAAUCCUCAGAAAAAUGUUGUCUGCGCAAGAUGUGACCUUCAAACUUGAAACUAUGGCCGAUGUCCCUGGGAUCAGAGUGGAUGAAAAUGAUGGAGUCUGCUUAAAAGGGAAGUCUUCUGCUUCAGAGAUACUCAAAUUGCUUCAAAUUAUGGAUAUUUCAAAGAUCAAAGAGACAUUUCUCCAAUGUCAAGGCCAAUUUUGGCAUGAGUGGUGCAACAAAAACAAAGAAAUGUAUCACCUCAGAGGACAAAUUGAGAAGCAAAAAUGUCAGAAACAGCAAGAACUGAAGGAAAUACGACAAAAACAACAUCAGAUUCCUUCCAGUCCCCUCAUGCAGUUAUUUACUGAAAAUCUCCAGAAACUGUCAUCAAAUGAGAAAAUGUAUUUCCUGAAGUGGACUGGAAUCUUACUGGAUGACCUAUCCACAGACGACCUCUCUGCGAUUCUCCAACAAUAUGAUAGCAAGUGGUGUGAGGUCUUGGCUUUGAGGAAGAAACAUGAGAAAUCAGAUCAGUUAAAAAAUCUGCAAAUUGAGCUUGAAGAAAUAUCAACAAAACUCCAGUCAGCAACAUUUGGAUUAGAGCACAUCUUUAGGGAAAUGGGACAGCUCUAUGAAGCUGCUGCAUCUCUGACAAAUAAAAUAAAGAGAGGACAGACUAAUUGGUCCAUCUACCCUGAACUGGCUGCAGAGCUGAUGAUAUCAGGACAGCCAAUGGAGCUGCUGGAUGGUGAUGCUGGUCAUGUGCCAUUGACUUGGAUCAGUAGUGUUUUUGAUGUGGUCAUCAAGAAAUUGGGAGACAAGCGAGUUUUUGUUUUGUCAGUUCUAGGCAUCCAAAGCAGUGGAAAAUCAACAAUGCUGAAUGCCAUGUUUGGGUUGCAGUUUGCUGUAAGUGCUGGCAGGUGCACAAGGGGUGCCUUCAUGCAGCUUGUGAAAGUUUCAGCAGAGAUUCAGAAAGACUUUAAGUUUGACUAUGUUCUAGUUGUGGACACUGAAGGACUGCGUGCUCUGGAGUUGGAAGGGAGCACCAAUCUUCACCAUGACAAUGAACUGGCAACAUUUGUCAUUGGUCUUGGAAACUUGACUUUGGUCAACAUUUUUGGAGAAAAUGCAGCUGAGAUGCAAGAUAUCCUUCAGAUUGCUGUACAGGCAUUCAUGAGGAUGAAGAAGGUCAAGCUGUCACCAAGCUGUGUAUUUGUACACCAGAAUGUUACUGAAAUUGCAGCUGGAGAGAAAAACAUGGAAGGAAGGAGGCGCUUACAAGAAAAACUGGAUAAGAUGGCCCAACUAGCUGCCAAAGAGGAGGUUUGUGACGCUGAGUGCUUCAGUGAUGUCAUUGCAUUUGAUGUACAAGAAGAUGUUAAAUACUUCGCCCAGCUGUGGGAGGGAGGUCCACCUAUGGCCCCUCCAAACCCAGGUUACAGCGAGAGCAUCCAAGAGCUGAAGAACACCAUUCUUUCAAAAGCAUCAAAGUCUAAUGGGAUGACUCUUUCACAAUUCAAAAAUCGCAUUCUGGACCUCUGGAACGCCUUGCUGAAUGAACACUUUGUUUUUAGUUUCAAAAACACACUUGAAAUUGCAGUGUAUAGAAAACUUGAGGUUCAGUAUGGGAACUGGACUUGGAUGUUGAGGGAAGCCCUGCUGAACAUCGAAAACCAACUUCAUAACAGAAUUGAAAAUGAAAAACUUGACAAGGUUGAUCACAGUUAUCUCAUAAAGGAGAUGACCACUUCUCAUAAAGAAGUCGAAACAGCUAUGAAGACAUACUUUGAUGAAAAUGAAGACAAAGAAAUGUUGGCUCAAUGGCGAGGCCGAUUUGAAAGCAAAAUAAAGGAGUUUCAUGAUGAACAAAUGAAGGGAGUUAAAAGAAAACUGGAGGAGGUUAUCCAGCAGAAGAAAGCUCGCAAAAAGCUAGAUGAUAAGAAGACAGAGUUUGAGAACAAACUGCUCCAAAAGAGCAAAGAGUUGGCUUGUGAGUUGAGAGACAAGGCCAAAAAUGAGGGACUUGAACUUGAUCUUGUUGUAGAACGUCACUUCAACAGUGUCUGGGAUGUGUGGGUCAAUGAAUUAACUAAAGGUACCGAACAGAUAAAGGAUAUUGACAUAGAAGAAGAAGAGUGUUGUGUUCUCACAGAUCUUGGUAUUGACUCGUCUCUCAUGCAGGAAUGCAAAGACUCUGGUAAAUACAAAAAGAUAUCAACAAUUGGGAAUUAUAUUGAUUAUGUGACCCUUACCAAGCACCAACAUCUUGGAGACAAAAGUGAACAAUCUGAAGACAGGGAGAGGGAGACCAAAAUCCAAGAUCUCAUCAGUGAUGCUGAAAAUGUGACCAUGGACAUAAUUAAAAGCAAAUCUGUGGCUACAAGAGGCUACAACAGGACUUACUUGCAUGAAGUAGUCAAAACAGUGAAGGAAAAACUGAAAGACUCUGAAUCAAGGAAGAAGCCUUUUGUCCUCAAGAAUGAGUUUAAAGUGGAUCUCUUACUGUAUGUUUGUGACAUUGCAUGGAAUCAGCUUUUAAAGUCUCACCGCAAUUUCAGGAAUAACAAUGAUGCACUCAUUUAUUUGAAAAGCAAGAAAAAACAAUAUUAUAGCAUAUUUGUGAGCUAUUAUAAAAAUCACUCCUCUGCUGCUGUGCUUGCUGAGUUGAUCAGUGGCCAACUGGAGACUUCCAUCGUUGAGGCUGUGUACAACAAGACUGCCAUUGACCUGGCUGGAGAGAUGAAGUCUAGUUUCCCACCUUUCAGUGGAAACAAGGUGAACUUAGAGAAACAUAUUUUACAGUCACUAGCAGAAGAAGAGGACUUUGAGAAAUACAUGGAGUACAUUAAGCGCCCAAGGAAACUAGUAGAGGGUUUCAUAAAAAAGGCUGUAAAGGAAUACAUCUUCACCCAACACGGCAAAGUAGAUAGUAUACUCAAGAAAAAUGUGACCAGCACAAUGCAGCUUUUGAGUCAAGCAGUGCACAGUGCAACAGAGAAAGUUAAAAGUCAAGGAGGAAACACUGACGUGUGGCUGAAGGAGUUUUCCAGAUUGUUAAAAGAUCAGCUCAAGUUUAAUACUAACUGUUGGAAGAAUUUUAGUGAUAUAGACAAGUUUGACUUUCUCAAGGAGGAACUAGACAAAGGCCUUGAAGCCGUUAGUGAGAAGAUGGGAGGCCUCUCCGUGAGCCGCAGGGAGGGAUUCAGUGUGAGGCCUGAUGAAAUUCUCAUUGUCCAACUGUGCAGUUCCUGCUGGGCACAGUGUCCUUUCUGUAAUGCCAUUUGCACCAACACUCUGGAGGAUCACAGCCCUGAUGACCACUGUGUCCCUUUUCAUCGCCCUUAUGGAAUCAGUGGGUGGCACUAUAGAGAUACAGUGGAAUUUAGCGUCAAUUUCUGCACAACAUCAGUUGCAAGUGAUGGACAAUUUUACCCUCAUCGUGAUUCAGAACAGAGCAUUCCAUUUAAACUGUACAAAACUGCAGGACCUGAAUAUGCUAACUGGGAAAUUACACCUGAUGCAUCCAAGCUGAUAUAUUGGAAGUGGUUUGUAUGCCGAUUUCAGAGGGAACUAGAGGAACAUUAUGGAUUGAAAUUCCAGGGUUUAGGAGAAAUUCCCAGCGAGUGGAAGUCUCACACCAAAGAAAAAGCUAUCAAAAGUUUGGAGAACAUGUGA